ACUCUUUUCUUGACACUUCUCACUCGCACUUGUCAAUUUUUGGUUUUGGGUAAACUUACUGAAAUACUGUGUUUGGUUGGUCUUUUGAUCCGUCGUUAAAACAUAGACAAUUUAGAAUCGCUGGCAAAUAAUUUACAAAUGUGGAAUAAAUAAGUUUUUUUUAAUCGUACAACAUUUAAAAAUGUUAGAAUUGUCGAUGCAGUUUACUUUUAUGCAGGACAAGUUUUAUUUGAGAUGAGUGUUCUCUAUUAAAGCAUAAUCAAAUAUAGAAAAAGAUUUCAAAAUGCAGCGAAGCAUUGGAAAGAGAAUUCGUAUGGAUGAGCCGCCGCCUCCUGAAUAUGACACCAGCAGUCCUAUGACUCCAAUGGACGGCAGUGCUGCCGAUUCUCAGGAGCCUUAUACACCGUACACUCCCUACACAAACCAGCCAUCCACGCCUAUGAACACUAGCGGUGAAAUCUACGGCAACGAUCAGUACGAAUCAGUGAUCCAGAAUCCGUACGAACAGCAACAACAGCUGUAUGAGCCACAACAACAACAACAACACAUGCAGUAUGACCAGCAGCAGUCCAGCUAUGAACCGGUUGCCAAUUACGAACAGCCAAUGACUCCAGUCAACAUGCGCGGUCGCAUGACAAGAGCUCGUCUUAGAAAUUUGAACGCUGGUAAUCAGCCGACACCACAGCCGACGCCAGUCCAGUCCUCGGUUCCAAACAAGAAGAUCGCCGUCGAAGAGAAGCAGAAGAGAAGACCCUACAUGCGCAAAAACUUCACUGAAAGUUUGUCUGAAGAUGAUGCUUGCCUUUAUCAAUGCAUCAAAACAGGCAAGAUUUCUUUGCAGAAUGUUGUGGAUGAUUGGAUCGAGGCUUACAAAGUGAACCGCGACACGGCACUGUUGGGCCUGAUGCAAUUCUUCAUCAACGCGUCAGGCUGCAAGGGCAAGAUCACGUCUCAGAUGGCUGCAAACAUGGAGCAUGCAGCCAUUAUCCGUAAAAUGACUGAGGAGUUUGACGAGGAGAGUGGUGAAUACCCAUUAAUCAUGACCGGGCAACAAUGGAAGAAGUUCAGACAGAAUUUCUGUGAUUUUGUCGCUCUAUUAGUAAAGCAGUGCCAGUACUCCAUCAUCUAUGAUCAAUACCUGAUGGACAAUGUUAUAUCACUUCUUACUGGACUUUCCGACUCUCAAGUGCGUGCAUUCAGGCACACUGCAACUCUAGCUGCCAUGAAGCUGAUGACAGCCCUAGUGGACGUGGCCCUUGUGGUGUCAAUCAACCUGGACAACACUCAGCGCCAGUACGAGGCCGAGCGACAGAAGGCGCGCGACAAGCGAGCAAGCGACAGACUCGAGUCGCUCAUGGCCAAGCGACAGGAGCUUGAGGAGAACAUGGAUGAAAUCAAGAACAUGCUCACCUACAUGUUCAAGUCUGUCUUCGUACAUCGCUACCGAGACACUCUUCCUGAAAUAAGAGCAAUUUGCAUGGCUGAAAUCGGUGUUUGGAUGAAGAAAUUCCAUCAGAACUUUUUGGAUGAUUCCUACCUGAAGUACAUUGGUUGGACUCUACACGAUAAAGUUGGAGAAGUCAGAUUGAAAUGUUUGCAGGCCUUGCAACCAUUGUAUGCUUCAGAAGAGCUGAAAGGAAAACUAGAGUUGUUCACGAGCAAAUUCAAAGACAGAAUCGUCGCCAUGACCCUCGAUAAGGAGUAUGAUGUAGCUGUGCAAGCAGUUCGAUUGGUCAUCAGUAUACUCAAGCAUCACCGCGACAUCCUGACGGACAAGGACUGCGAGCACGUGUACGAGUUGGUGUACUCGUCGCACCGAGCGGUGGCUCAGGCGGCCGGCGAGUUCCUGAACGAGCGCCUGUUCGUGUGCGAGGAUGUGGUGGCCCCCUCGCGCACCAAACGCGGCAAGAAGCGCCUGCCCAACACGCCGCUCAUCCGCGAUCUCGUGCAGUUCUUCAUUGAAUCUGAGUUACACGAGCACGGCGCCUACCUGGUUGACUCUCUGAUCGAGUCCAACGACAUGAUGAAAGACUGGGAGUGCAUGACGGAUCUGCUGAUCGAGGAGUCGGGGCCGACCGAGGAGCCUCUGGACGACCGUCAGGAGACCUCCCUCAUCGAGCUGAUGGUCUGCUGUGUCAAGCAGGCGGCCACCGGAGAGGCGCCCGUUGGGAGAGGGCCUAACCGCAAAGUACUGUCAGUGAAAGAAAUCAAACAAGUUCAAGAUGAUAAACAAAAGUUGACUGAACAUUUCAUCGGCACACUUCCUAUUCUGUUGGACAAAUAUAGAGCUGACCCUGACAAGCUGGCUAACCUACUAUCUAUACCUCAGUACUUCGAGUUGGAAAUUUACACUGUAUCUCGACAAGAAUCUAACCUGGAUCUCUCCCGUUGCGAUGUGCAAAGGUCCACCAUCAUUGACAGCAUUGUCAAUAAGUACAAGGAAGCGAUUGACGAAUGGAAUUCACUCAUUGAAGGGGGAGAAACGCCAGAUGACGAUGAAACAUUCAAUGUUGUAUGCAGCUUGAAAAAAGUGGCUGUUUUCUAUUCCUGUCAUAACAUUGGCAAUUGGAACAUAUGGCCUCUUAUAUUCAAGGAUGUAGUCGAAUGCACAUCUAACCAAAUGCCAGAAGAGGCAAUCAAGUACUGUAUAUCAGCAUGCUUCUUUGGAAUCCUGUGGGAUCUUCACCAAUUGGAGAGACUGGCAAAGGAGAACGCUGCCGAUGCGAAUACUGUUUCCGAGAUUAAGGAGCGUUUGACUAAUUUCAUGGAAACUAUGAAGGAAAUGCUGGUCACAAGCAGUAUUCAAGUUUUUAAAGAGGAGGCUUACCUUGUGAUAUGUGAUCUUCUAGUCGUGUUUUGCAAUCAGCUGCAAACGAAUGCGCAAGCUGUCCUCUCAGAACUGAUCUACGAGGCUGACCGAUCUCUCCAAGUACUUCUCAACGAUUUCAUCCAGAACAACGUUUUCACUUAUGAAGACGAAGAUGAACUGGACGAACAUUCGAGAAUCGAAGAUCUGCAUAAAAGGCGAAACUUCCUCGCUUCUUAUUGCAAGCUGAUUGUGUACAGCAUAAUGCCCAUAUCUUGUGCUGCUGAUGUUUUGAAGCACUACGUCAAGUCUUACAAUUUGUACGGCGAUAUUAUCAAGACAACACUAGGUAAGGCGAGGGAAAUCAAUAAGACAAACUGCGCCAAAACAAUGAUAUCCAGUCUGAUAUCUCUGUACAAAGACCUGCAAAAGGAUUCCAACAUCAGGAUAAAUCGACAACUUGAGGAAUUCAGUAGUUUGAAGGAACUUGCCAAACGGUUUGCUUUGUCGUUCGGUCUGGACGCCAUUAAGAACAGAGAGGCGAUCACAGCGCUGCACAGAGACGGCAUACUGUAUGCGGUGCAAACCGGGGACUCAGUGGAGGAUCCAACCGGACCGCCGCCCAAUCUGCCCUUCCUCGAAAUACUCACCGAGUUCACCAACAAACUACUCAAACAGGACAAACGCAUUGUACUUAACUUCCUGGACCGGAGGAUAACGGCGGGAAUGCCGUCAAGCCGCGGCGAGGACUGGCAGCCAGUGUUUACUUACCGCAACUCACUCGUUCACGGCGAAACUGACCAGCCACUGGUCACAUCUAAGCGCGCCUACACUCGCAAGAAGAAGGAGAUCUUUGACGACGAGAUGGGUGAUGACGCUGAAGAACCAGAUCUGAUCCAGAAUUCAAUAUGGGGUAAGCACUCUUCAUACUCUAAAGCUUGCAACUAAUUUCAAUGUGUAACGCAGCUCAGCUUUUGUUGC